AUGCUAAAAAUUAUCAUCCCCUCAAUUAUGCUAAUCCCAAUAACCUUUUUAAUUAACAAAAAAAAUGUAUUAUGAACUGCUACAACUUUCUUCAGUUUUUUAAUCGCAAUUCUAACAACACUUACUCUAAAUAUAGAUGUAGCUGAACAUAACUCAACUAAUUCUCUCCUAAGCAUUGACCAAUUUUCAUGCCCACUUAUUAUACUCUCUUGCUGACUACUACCCCUAAUAAUUAUAGCUAGCCAAGCGCAUAUAAAAACUGAACCAAUUACACGACAAAAAACAAUAAUCGCAUUACUCAUCCUUCUUCAAAUCCUUCUAUGUGUUACUUUCGGAGCCUCUAACCUUCUAAUAUUCUAUAUUGCUUUUGAAACUACCUUAAUCCCCACCCUUUUAAUUAUUACUCGCUGAGGAAACCAAAAAGAACGACUUACGGCUGGUUUAUAUUUCCUCUUUUAUACCCUAUCUGCCUCUCUUCCGCUACUUCUUGCUCUCAUCAUAAUUCAAACUCACCUAAACUCCCUAUCAAUCUAUGUUAUCCCCCUAUCUGACCUCUCACUACUAUCAAACACACCAUGGUCUGAGGCUUUAUGAUGAAUUGCCAGCUUUUUAGCCUUCUUAAUUAAAAUACCUCUUUAUAUCUUUCACUUAUGACUACCAAAAGCUCACGUAGAGGCCCCAAUUGCAGGUUCCAUAGUUUUAGCCGCAAUUCUAUUAAAAUUAGGAGGCUAUGGCAUAAUUCGUAUAUCAUCACUAUUCAUCCCACUAACUAAAGACUUAGCUACUCCUUUUAUAAUUAUUGCUAUAUGAGGAAUAAUUGUAACUAGCUCAAUUUGUUUACGACAAACAGACCUAAAAUCUAUAAUCGCUUACUCAUCAGUUAGCCAUAUAGGCCUAGUCGUAGCUGGCAUUUUCACAAUAACACCAUGAGCAUGAUCUGGAGCCCUUGCAAUAAUAAUUGCACAUGGAUUAGUGUCAUCAGGUCUAUUCUGUCUUGCCAAUAUUACUUAUGAGCGUACACACACACGCUCAAUCUUCAUAAACCGGGGCCUACAAGCCUUAUUUCCUCUAAUAUCAUUCUGAUGACUUAUAAUAACCUUUGCUAAUAUAGCCCUACCUCCAUUCCCAAACUUUAUAGCAGAAUUUCUAAUCAUUACUUCCCUAUUUAAUUGAUCAAAUUGAACCAUUAUUUUACUAGGCCUAAGCAUAACUUUAACCGCUCUCUUUUCAUUAAACAUGCUUAUUAUAACCCAACACGAACACCCAAAUAAACAUGCACCAGUUAACCCUAGCACCACCCGAGAGCACCUACUAAUACUUAUACAUAUAACCCCUGUCAUUCUCCUUAUCGCAAAUCCCAGUGCCAUUAUAAUUAGA